AUGCCAAAAAAGACUGUGCUGGGUAGCCAAGCCCGUGAAUCAGUAAUUCGUUUGCGGGAUUACUUUGACCGAGAACAGAAAAGAAAACGUUCGGCCAACUGGACGGCUUCAGAGAAAAAAAUUCUAAUAGAUCUAGUGACUGAGCAUUUUAAUAUCAUUGAAAACAAAAAAACUGAUGGAGUUUCUAUGAAACAAAAACUCGAUGAAUGGGAGACUAUUAGCGUUAAAUACAAUAGCCAAACAACGCUAACGCAUCGUUCCGCAAACAAUUUGAAAGCGUAAUGGGAGAGCUUGAAGAAAGCUACCAAAAAGGAAGCAUCUCUGGCCAGGAUGCAUUUUAUUCAAACAGGUGGUGGGCCUCCGAAGCCAAAAACGGAAGAUCCAUGUGAACACAUCAUGGGGCUAAUUACACCAAGUGCAGUAGGGUUGCAUAACCCGUUCGAUAGCGACAGUGUAAUUAUAGAGGAGUCUUUCCUAGAUGGUGGACAAUUGAAUUUAACACAAAUUACAACUCAAAAUGAAAUGAUGAUGUUUCUACAAAAGUUAUAUGUAGUUUAUCUCAUUAUAAAUUUAUUAUUUCAGGAUUGGGGCGACUAUACGCCAAAGCUGCUUCAGACACCCAUCUCAAAACAAUUAAAGAGUACAAAGCAAACUGAGAGGAGACAAUUAAUCGGAAUGAAUAAAAGGAGGCCACAACUCACUAGUUCGAAAGUUUCAUUGGAAAGUUUACACGACAGAAAAAAAGAAGCAAUUUCUGUACAAAUUGACCAUGCGUCAAAAGAAAGAGUCGAAGCAAGCACAUUGUUUAAUAUAAAUUUACGAAUAAAACAGGAAAUUUUGAAACAAGAUAAAAUAAAAACUAAACUCUUGUUG